AUGGCGUCGCUUGAGGCAGCGAUGAGGACAGGAGAGAUUUCUCCUCGGUUUGAUAAACUUUUGAAGGAUGUCGUCGGUGAUCUGAACCCAGAAGAACUUAAAUAUGCUGUAUCGUCUAUCAAAACGAAUUUUGAGAAAGGAAAGUUCGCUGGUAAGGGAGACCAGGAUUUAUAUUCAUGCCUGCAUCUUUUUGCAAAUCAAGGUCUGGUGUCGGAGGACAAUUUGACUUUGUUGGAGAAAUUUGUGGUCACCCCACAAACAUCUAAGAAGGAGGGAAUCGAGGCAAAGAUUAGAGGUUUCAAGGCAAUCCGCUUGCAAGAGAUUGAAGAGCCAACGGCAACGACAAGACGGGAGUUAACGGGAAGACGCAGCGACUUAGCCAAUGUUAUGUCGAAGUUAACAACUGGUGGAUCAAGCAUCUUGAACCUGUAUGGAUCAAGUGGUGUCGGAAAAACGAGACUGGCAACUGAAGUUUUGUCUAAGUGGCAAGGAACUAUGAAAUUCAAAGUGGACUUGAGAGAUGUAGAGAGGAUGGAGUACGUCCACUUCCAAGUUUUACAGGCAUUGAUGAUCGGAUCAAAGGAGACAACAACUGUGAGCUAUGAAGCGAAUCCUGUUAUUAUUAAAAUGAGGCAGUUGAGGCAACGGGGACAGGGGGACAUAUUGUUGCUUUUAGAUAAUGUUGAUCAUUUUCCGGGAGGAAACAGCAAGGCUACCGCUAGCCUGAAUGAUGAUUUUGUCACUUUUCUCCAACGACUUAUCGAUGUCAAAACUGGCCAAGUAAAAUAUUCACUGAAGAUUAUAUUAACGUCUAGGAGUGCAUUUCGUCACGGUGUGGAAAAUUACGAAGUGAAAGGUUUGGAAAAGGUCUCUUCGGGGGAGCUCCUUCGAAGGCAAGGGACUCCUGCUAUUCACGGUAGCCAAAGAGAGAGACUAGUCGAGAUAUGCAGAGGGAAGCCGCUCUUGCUCAAUGGCAUGGCAUCAAUCUUAAGACAGGAGAUAGCUGAUGCAGAAAGGCUUCUUGGAACCAUUGAACAGGAGUUAGAGGUGGAGCCGUUUCAAGACACUGAAGAUGAAGCGACUGAGAAGACAGAAACUUUUGAUUUUAAAGAAGAAGGUAUCGAUGUGGAACAGCUGUCAUGUUUGAGGAAAAUGUUCUUUUUCCUUCCGAGUAAAACGCUUAAAGAGUCCGCUGUUUCAGUGUCACUCUUCUGCCGUCCAUUUUCAUUGGAAGUAGCAGCUAAGAUACUUGGAGUAAACGUUUCGGAAGCUGCAAUAAGAAUGGAAGGAAUGCGUAACAGUCAGGUGGUUUCCGUGGUUCCAGAGGCAAACGAACUGUUGUAUGAUUUACAUCCUUUGAUGCGUAAGUUUCUUAAAAGCAUUGGCAAUAGCAAGGCUUUCGUGGAAGCUUACCAGAAAACAAAAGACAACUUUUGCAACCAUUUCCUUUCCCAGUUGAAGACAAUUGCAGCCCUUUUGGACAAGGAGUAUGUAAAGGCUUUUGACACCUUUGAUUUUGACAGACACAACUUUGAACUUGCCCUGGAACUUUCGUUGAAGUCCAGUCAUUUUAUGAUUCCAAUGAAAAAUACUGAAAUCGUCAGAAUUUGUUACCUACUUGAAGCCACGCUUAUUGAUCAAAAGCGAAGAAGGACGAUUUUUCAUGCCUGGGCUGAAAAGGUCGAGGAAGAUGGAAAACAAGGUGAGGAUUGUCUUCUAUUUGGAAAUCCAUCCAGUUAAUGUAGGUAGUUGUUAACGUUCCAGCGAUUAAAAUAAUAAGACACAGUUUUUCCGUUUUAAAUUAAAUGAUUUGUAUCGCUAAAUGACAGAACCAAAUUAAUCCCAGCAAGGAACUUAAUUUUAAGUGUUCGUGAAAAACGAUAAUUUGCUCUUCCUGAGUCAUAACUAAUCCCCGUCGAUUGGGGAUUUUUGAACCGGCACUAGAUUGCUUCAUAGCGGAGCUCUCCUCGCGCGCAGCGGAGCACCAUUUAGUGGUAAGAAAAUUUGGUUAUCUAUGUAUCUGAGAAAAUCGUCCGUCCUUGCGUACGUACCUUAUUACCUGAAAUUUUCGCGACACGUUAAUGUGGCGAACAUAACAUGACACGAAAAUUAAGUGACUCACAUUAUGUCAAAAAUCAAGAAAGAACGAGUUUAUCACCACUGAAACGUUUACAAAAUCACACUUUUUUUUUACUGUUCUGAGCAAUGUCUUGGUCAUCCUCAUCGCUACUGCUUUCUAUCUCCCUCCAGGUAACAUUUCUUUUGUACAGUCUCCAAACUGUCAGGGGCACCCAACGAGAAUGUAGUUCAAAACCACUUAAACAUAGCAUUGUAAACGUAUUUUAGUAUUUAAACGGUAGAUGUAGGCAUAUUUUUAUCCCCUAAAAAUUUUUCAUCUGUUCGGAUUUCCUAGCUGAAAGUCUCGAGAUCCGAAAAUCACAGGGAUCAAAACUUACCUUUUCGAAAAUUUCAGCCAGAAAAAGGCUCCCGAAAAUUCUAGGUGAGCUUUUUAGGCUAAAAAUCCGUUAAAAAUGGGCAAUUACACCAAUUUUUAGAUGUUCGAAAAUCCUAGGAGAGGUAGGCAAACAAGAAAUUUUACAAAAAAUGUUCCGAAAAUUCUAGAUCUCAAAUCGUCUUCCGAACAGAUAUUUUCCGAAAAUUGACGUUGGGUGCCCCUGAACUGUCCAUUUAACUCGCUCCCUGUAAUGCUGUUCUAGUAGCUGCUUAUCUCUUAGUGGCUUCCAUGUUCUUUGAAGAUGUUUCCAUUCUUACUGUCACCUCUACUGGAUUCCCAAACCUCCUCAGCGCGAAGUAUGCGCACAUCAAAAUCGCGAAAUAAACAGGUCGACAAAAUGUCAUGUAAUAAGGUAUGACGUAUGUACGUUCAUCCCUUCAUGUUAGCGGAUGUAAAAUGGCACACUUACUAUAAUAGUUAGAAGUCCAAGGCACACUUUUUGUGUUUAAACUUUUUAUAUAAAAUGACGACAGCCAAAUCCUGCUGUUUUAUCCAAGACGAAAAUAUAGACAUAAAUAACAAAACAGCAAAGAGAAAAGCGGCUUGAAACUUCAAGUCGCUUUUCUCUUUGUUGUUUUGCUAUUUGUGUCUAUAUUUUUGUGUUUAAAUCCACGUUAUGGUCAGUUGAUACCUGUCAAAAAAGAUAUCCGCUAACCAGUGUCAUAUGACUGUAUCGCGGGCUCAGGUAUACAACAAAUUGAGGUGACGUGUUUUUUAAAGUUAUCAGCUGACCAGGUUUUGGUUUCAAUUGAUCGUGGGCUCAGGUCCAUUUUUAAAGGUGGAAUUCAGUUUGCUUUCUGCUUACAGCAAAAGUUGAGUUACUUUAGAAAGACAUUCAUCAAAAGAUCCCUCCUGAGCUUCGCUUUUGUUCUUGGCUUAAUCUAUAUAUUACAUUAGAACACUGCAUGCUGCAUGUUAGCUCUAGCUGCAGCUGUGGCGACGUAAUACAUGCCUAACAGGUUUAUUGUAGAGUUAAGUUCAUUUAUUUUGUUCUCAGGACUCCACAGUUACCAGAUGGACACGUUGUUACUUUUAUCUUGUUUCUUUUUCUCGAUAGGCUCUAUGUUUCGAGCAGAAAUGCGCUGCUGGGAAGCUUUGCAGGUACUCAAUCUUGAAGGAUGGCAUAAGGCUGCGAAAGUUGUUCAAGAGGCCAGGGAGUUGCUGAAGAGGGUCCAGAGAGAGAGCAAAGAGACUGAGCUCUUCAAGCUCGCGAAAAGCUCUUGUCUUUUUGUUGAAGGGGAAGUCUUCAACCGAGCAGGGAAUUGUCCAAAAGCACUUAAACGUUUGAGUAGUUCCUUAGAAAUAAUAGAAAACCUAUUAAGAAAUCACACAAGCACUUGCAGAUGUUUGAAUGCCAUUGGAAAUUGCUACAGCAAUCUCGGGAAACCAGAGGAAGCGAUUAAGUUUUACACAAGAGCAUACGAAAUGCGUCAAGAUCUUUCAGGUUCAAAGGAGCACUUUGACUUGCCUCUUUUCAGAAGUCAAAUUGGAACAGCUUAUGAAAGCAUGGCCAUUCAAGAGUACAAAAAACACAGAAUGACACCUGUUGCCAAGGAGAAUUUCCGCAAAGCUAUAGAAUACUAUCAAGAGGCUUUAGAUCUAGCCAAGGAACUCAAUCUCAAAGGUAUUUUAUACACAGCACUUUUUAACAGAAACAUUGCUAACGCUCGCUCAUGGCUUAUGGAGUUUGAGGAGGCAAAAACAUUUGCUUAUAACGGGUAUCAGAUUCGGAAAGACAUUCUUGGCAAACAUCCAUUGACUGCGCGUAGCACUUUUCAAAUGGCAGAAAAUUCCCGAAGUCUUGAGGAUUAUGAUGAAGCUGAAAAAUACUACGAAGAAGCAUGGGAGAUUGAGAAAUCACUAGGGCAAGGGAACCACAGUGAAGUACGGGACAGAAUCAUUAAAAGUUAUGAGGGGAUGCUUCCCAAAGGGAGAAAGAGGGCAUUUCAGAAAGAAGUCUUGGAGUUUUAUCAAAGAUUAUGGGACGAGGAGAAAAGUUUUGAAGGGUUUCCGUUCUCUCAGGCCAAUAUGCACAUCAUCGAUGCUAUAAACGAACGGCUUGGGGAAGAGGUUGAUUUCAAGACAAGGAAGAAAUAUCAAAAUGAAGCUCUUUGGUUUUACGAAGGAGCAUGGAAUUCCCCGGACACCAAGAGCUUGCCUUACGAGCAGAGAGAACACAUCUUACAAACUUUGUUAAGGUUGUGCAAGCAGGCUAAAAAUGAGGCACUGUUUAACAAAUAUCUAGAGGAUUCCUUUAGAUUCUACGACGAAAUGUGGAAAAAGAACAGUUCAGAGAUGGAACAAUGGGAAAGAACUGAGCUGCUCACCACACUACAGAAUUUGACCACAUCACUUGCAAUUGCAUAUACGAGGAAGGCAGACAUGUACAAAAGUCUUGAGCAGGUAAGACAGACAUGCUUAAGUUCAAGCAGAAAACAGUCACUUCUGUUUUUUAGCUCACAGCUGUCUCUUUAAAGAGCUCGUUCACGGAACUUUGAGUUGUCUUUCAACGUACAAGCAUAUCUUAAAAUUGAAGAACACUUGAAAAUAUUAGUUCCGUUGGUAACAUAGACGUACUAAAUUUAAUAGUUUAAGAUAGAGGAUUAACAUGGAUUACAAACAACAGUAAAUAACACACUUGAAAAAUCAAGGCUCAAUCAAUUUUUAAGGUACAGAACGAUGACGUUGUUUUAAAGGCUUUAAGACGACAUUUUAAAGAAAUAAAAGCCAUGUACUAAAUUGAGAAUAUUCUAAAGACCCUCUAAAGAAACUUAUUUUGCCUUUCAUUUAGAAAUUCAAGACGGGAACAUUUCCGUUCGGGGCAUCAGGUAUUAUAUCAUUUAUUAUUAUCAUCAUUGUAAGUUUAUUUAAGUUGUUUUGCUGAAGUAAAAAAGCUGUAUUCAAACACGUGGCACAAACAACACUUGGAGGCAUGGGCGCUUUGGUUAACCAGGCCCAUGAUAUACUUUAUUAACUCACAUAAAUCCUCCCUUGUUACAGAAAUUUCAAUAUUUACGACGGGACAACUAUUGGAAAAAAUAUGGACCGUGUACCCUGAACCUAUCCCAUCGCCUCGGGUUGUAAGGCCAAACUAAUGAAAAAUAGCCGUUAUAACAUGCAUAGAAUGCAGAAUUAAAGCAGCUAAGAAGCAUAGUUACUAGUCCAGCUGGAAACGAAAUUCAGACUGAUAGAACAACUGAAACUAAGUUUCACGAAACAAUUUGACGUGGCGAGGCUGACCUUAGAAGACACAAUUAACAAGACGGUUACUAAAUCAAAGCCCCGGACUGCGACCCCUCCCACGCAACAAUGGAACUCGUGCUGGCAAAAUAUUGAUUUAUCCCAAUUCUGGUGAACACACAUUACAUUUGUAAUCUACCCAUCAUUAUAAUCAUCAUUUCAUUAUUUCAUUGUUGUUUUUUUAAGAAGAAGACGCUGCCUUUGCUUUACGAUGAAAGGAAACCUUUAUUUUACCUGCUAAACUGUUUCAAAUGCAUUUUGUUAGAGCGUGCAUAAAAAAAGAAAAACUAAAUUCUGGCCAUGUUGACCGAUUCAAAUUUUUCAAUGAAGGAUUUUAUAGCAAAGAAUAAAUAACUAAACAACAAAAUCUAUCGUCAAUCUGUGUUUUUAUUGUAUUCAGGAUUUGCUUCUUUCUAAUUUUCACACGGCUCCUUAAUUGCUAACAACACUACAGGAAGAUCUUUUACCAAAAACCCUUUUAAUGAAAAUUGUUUUGGAUUUUAAAUAGUUAUUUCACCUUCACUUUUAAUUUCAACAGAACAGUGUCCUGACGAUGAUGACAACAACGAAAGAAGUGACGAUGAUGAUGACGAUGAUGAUUCCGAUGAUUUUAGCGAUGAUGACAGUCAUAGCGGUCAAGAUGGUGGUGAUGAUGCGAGUGAUGCCAGCGGUAAAAAUGAAACCAGUGACAGUAUCGGCAGCGCUGAGGGAGAUGAGAUCACAAAAGAACAAGAAUUGCCACAGAAAAUCAAUAAACGUAGCCAGCAGGGACAAGUAGUAGGCUUGGAAGGAGAGAGGAAAAGGCAGAAGUAAGUAACUAGUUUAUUACUAUAACUGGGACUAAUCGUGAGAUAAAUUAUGAUUCUCAUGAGUAAUCAUAAGAUAAAUUAUUCAAGAUGGCGCAAAAAAUGCAGACGCCCGACGAAAUGAGUACCACAAAGGUCACCCCUCGAGUACUACAGGAAUCCCAAGAUUACGUGUUUCGUUCUCCUAACGUCGAACGCAAUCACUUGUAAGAGCUCUCUCUUAAGGAGCAGUGAUAACAGUAGCUAUUGCUUUCAGUUCUUUGUUCUCUUACUUGGUUCAAGAGUAUUCUACUGACUCUUGGGUGCUCCCCUUUGGGGCAAGGUUAGUAAUUGUGAGAUCACUUUCCUAAAGGCAGUAUUGAGUGGAUUCGUUCCAACCCGUUGUUAUAAUGUGGUAUUAGGUAGUAUGUUUGCUCAACUGUGCUUCUUAUUUGUGACCUAAGUACAACAUUUAUGUUAUCUGCCCAGGAAAGAGAUUGCUUGAUAGCUUAUUUGCUAUCAUUUGAUUUGCUCUCACAAAGGUCUAGCGCCUUCGAAACGGCAGCGUUUAAAUUUCCUUAAAGCGACAAAUUAAGUUUAUCAACUAGUUGAUAAAACAAAAUUUUUGUCCAUAUAAUAAAUAUGUCGAGUGCUUUCAGACAUCUUAGGUGCUUAAUCCUUGUGUCGACCUCACUUACAAACUUUUAAGUUUGCUACUAUUAUAGUAGCAAGGUGUCGCUUGUUGCCGCCUUUGUUGAAGGUAUUGCAAAGUACAUGAAACAUUUAGCAUUCUUAAAAGCUAUAGAAGCCGAAUAUCUUGCUCAGCUGGUAAAAUACCACCACCGCAUUUUUUUUUAAACCAACCCCUUUAUUCAUUAUAUAUGAGAACUUUAAGAAUACCACUUGAAUAUUUUUCUUUUGUGUUAUAACAGCCCGUCAGAUGACAGUCUUCCUUCUACGUCUGAAUUCCAAGUCCCUUUGGUGAAAAAUGAAGGCCUUGUUGCAGUCGAAUUUCCCCAAAAUUUAAAAUCCACAGGAGGGAAUCUUUCGCUGUAUUCGGUAAGCCGAGCGUAAUGUUUGGAGUUUGGGCAUUUAUUUGAUUACUGUUUUCGCCCUUUGAGUGAAAAGCACAUUAAUUUCGUUAUGCUAAAUCGCUGCAAUAAUUCAGAGUUCAUAGGAAAGUGAUCAGUUGUUUCUUGAAAUUUCAGAACUGUAUUGGACUUCACAAACUUUUUAGUGCUUUUGAAGUUUUUCUGUUAUCACGGUAAACCAUCAGAAAACUGACAAACUGAAGUUUAUUUCCGUAUAAUUCGUCAGGGUUUUUUUCAGGAAAUGGCUGCCGAUUAGAUUUUUAAAAAAAAAAUUCAGUUACAGCUAAAGUGAUUAUACGACAGUGGUUUAGCAUAGAUUAUCUGAACGUCUGUCAGAUCAUAGACCAUUUUAGCAUAGGAUUAGCGUAUGCUUAUUAGUAUCCAAGUGUACCUGGUUAGUAGAGUAUGGUUGUUGUUAAUUAGAUGGGUUUCUCAAUUUACACAGAAUAAAUAAUUAAAAGGGUAAAAGUUAUAAAAGCCUGAGUAUCAGUAAUUGGGUAACGAUGCCAUGCGUGGGCGGGUCUGACAGAGUAGGCCCCCUGUAAUAGAUGGGAGCCAUUCUGUAGGUGCGAAGCAAGCACUAUUAUUUUCUACAUCAUUCUAUCUAAUCAACGAUAAGUACCCUUAGAAUUCACGUGUGCUCUCUCUGUGGUGCAGGCUAUUCCCACAAUAAUUCAGCAAGUGGCUUUCUAUGGAGCAAAAAUAACUCCGACGGACGUAUUUGAACUUCAAAUUUCAUUUCGCCCAAGCAAAUUUUGGUUUUAUAACAUUAAUUUUAACUGCGCCAUUGUGUUUGUUAAUAGUUGGCCAGUGCUGAUACAGUAUUCCCUUUUCUGUUUUAGGAUAACGCAGAUGGCGGAGCUUCAAAUUCUCUACAGGCAAGGAGACCUUUGAGGGUAACUUCUGUGGGAGACGAAUGGGGUUCAUCAAAAGGUGGACUUUCUACGCUGAACAGAGAAUUAGCAAAACACCUGGCACGCCAGCCUGAAGUAGAAGUAACCUGUCUCCUGCUUAAUUACAGUGAAAAGGAGGAGCACGAAGCUGGUGAAUUUAAUGUGCGUCUUGCCAAAGCACGGGCGAUGCCCGUGUCGGAUCCCAUUAUGCGGCUGUGCUUUCCCUCAGAUGAUCUAGAUAUUGACGUCGUCAUAGGCCAUGGUCAGAAGCUUGGAGCACCAGCUCAGGUCAUAGCUAAAAGGCACAAGUGCAAACGAGUUCAUAUAGUACACACUGCCAGUGAAGAGCUUGCAAUGUUUAAGGAAGGCGAAACAGCGCUACCUGAAGGCGAGGAAAAGCACCGAACUGAAAUAGAUUUGUGUAAGGAAGCUGAUGUCAUCGUGACCAUUGGACCAAAGCUGAAGGAAGCUAUCUCAGCCUACCUGCGGCCGCACGGCAGAGAUGAACACGUGAUAAAUAUCACACCUGGAAUUUUCUCUGAGUUCGCGCAGUUGGUGCAAGCCAGACAGGAGAGGGAAAAGUUCCACAUCUUGGUGUUUGGUCGCGGCAACUUGGAAGACGCUGAACUAAAAGGAUACGAUAUAGCUGCUCAAGCUGUAGCAAGCUUAAAAGACGAAAACUACCUUCUUCACUUUGUCGGGGCACCAAAAGGUAAAGAAGAAGAAGUUAAAAACAGGUUGCUGAAGUGUGGCAUUCCUCGCACACAGUUAACUGUUCGAAAAUUUGCUGAGAAUCGCGACGAAAUAAAAGAUCUCUUGCUCACAGUGGAUCUCGCCAUUAUGCCUUCACGAACGGAAGGUUUUGGCCUCACCGCUCUCGAAGCACUUUCAGCUGGCCUUCCUAUUUUGGUGGGUAACAAUUCGGGAUUCGGAAAAGCUAUUCGCGAUGUAAAAUUCGGAUCUUCAUGUGUGGUUUGUUCCGAUGAUCCUGAAAAGUGGGCUGAAGCCAUUAAACGUGUUAGACAGACAACAAGGAAACUCAGGCUAGAGGAAGCUUGCUCUCUCCGAGAGGCCUAUGACGAAAAGUAUAAAUGGGAGACACAAUGUGAAAUGCUUGUACAAAAACUGCGACAUAUUUUAGAGUAA